AUGGAAAGCCCGGGCGCGUGGCCGCAACAAGGGGCGACUCAGCAGAGUGAUGUGGAGGUGACGGAGGGCGGGGUGGUGCGGGUGCGACGACGCGUGGCGGGGCAGCGGGUGGAGCAGGCCGUGGCCCACGCCGCAGCAGCCGUUGCAGAAGAUGAGGCCGGACGAUACGAAGCCGCGCUCGAGGAAUACCUCGCCGCCGCCGAACUCCUCCUGCACGCCAGCCUUGAGGAUAAUCUGUCGGGUCACAUGCUGGGCGUCGUUCGGGCAAAGGAGGCCGAGUACGUGGCACGCGCGCAGCUGCUCUCCGACGGACUCAAGAAGGCCAAGGCCGCCGCCGCUGCCAGGGAACGCGCGACCACCGAGCCCGUCCAACUCAACAAGUCCAGGGGCGCACAGGGCAAGGAGGGGCUGUUCGCGCGGCUGCGGUCGAACACGUCUUCGUCGGACGACGUGGGGUUGUCCGACGCCGCGCGGUUCGCCGCCCUCUUCAGCCUGCCCGAGACGAGCAUCGGCAAGAACGCCAACCAGCUGCACGCGUGCGUGCUGAGUAUUAGCACGAAGGAAGGGACGGCCCUGGUGACAGAGCAGAAGGCCCACAUGCUCCUCCUCGGCAGGUAUUUGUAUAUUGCGACGGAGACGGGAAGCGAGGGACACGUGGAGAAACUGCUGGUGACGGAGAUCACAUCGGUGGACAAGAAGCGGCAGGGCCUCAUGUCCGCGCGCAUCCAGUUCUCCACCCUCCACGACCGCACCUAUGGGCUGGGGUCUGUGAAAGCGGACCUCUUCGAAGCGCUCACCACACAGCUCGCCACACUAUGCGAGCAAACGAAAGUGUUCGGGGUGCCGCUCGACGAGCUGCUGGUGCGCGAGGGCAGGCUCACCCUGGGCAUCCCCAAGAUCGUCGAGGAGACCGUCAGACAUAUCUCCAGCCACGGGCUUACACAAGAGGGCAUUUUUCGGAUAUCUUGCGAUCACAUGCAACUAAUGCGGCUGGUGACGAAGGUGGACCGAGGGGUGGACAUCGAUUGGCAGCAGGAGGAGAUCCACGCCUGCACCGCCCUUCUCAAGAAAUACCUGCGCGACCUGCCCCAGCCCCUCUUCUCUCCCGACCUGUACUCUUGCUUUAUGGCCAUCCACACGUUGCUGGAGGGCGACACGGAACAGGCGGCGAUGGCCAAGAUCGAGUCGCUGGUGCGGUACGUCUUCGACUUCCUCGACCUCGUCGCGUCCCAGUCCUCCGCCAACAAGAUGCACCUCCAGAACCUCGCCUUCCUGCGGGAGGCGGAGGCGUGCAACAAGCUGGUGCUGCUGAUGAUCACGCAGAAGGAGCGGUUCUUCCCGGCCGACCUGCUGACCGCCGCCCAGCUCCACUCGGCCGCCGGUGGCGGCAGCGGCGCCCAGGUGCCCAAGUACUCGUCGGCCAGCCUGGCCACCUCCGCCUCCCAUCACCGUGGCGCUUGA